GUAGCGUCUAAAUCGCUGUUUGUCACUUGUGGAAAUACUGGAAGACACCACACAGGAAACUGAGGAUUACUUCAAGAAACAAGUCAGGACCCGUUGUGAUGGCUAUUUUGCCACCGCAAUAUUUCCUGGUACUACUCCUUUUGACCCAUUUUUGCCCAAGGACCACGAGAUGCCAGGUUGCCGAAAGUCACUUUUGCAACCGGGAGAAAGCCAUUGACGUCAUCGUAGAGGAAAAGUACCUCGCCGAGGAAUGGCAAACCCUAGAAAUACCACUGCAAGGCUAUAAAGACCGUCUGAGCCGCGGUGAUAACGUCCGACUGCUCAGACGAGACGAUGCCUCUGGCAUGUGCCAAGUCCAGGUACUCCAGACGGUGGAACGUACACGACCUAGACACCAGACCCGGCUUCGAGUGGUCCGGGACUGCUGCCAAGGCUGGUUGGGGGACAACUGCAACAUUCCAAUAUGUGAGCCGGAGUGUGUGAAUGGACAGUGUAUCUUCCCACCUGAUAUUUGUCACUGCUCUCCCGGGUACACAGGACCCACGUGUGAAACACCUGUGUGUGAUCCAUCUUGUAUGUUUGGAGAAUGUACUUCUCCUGACCAUUGUGAAUGCUCUACUGGGUUUUCUGGACCAACUUGCGACAAAGCCGUGUGUGAACAUGGGUGCUUGUACGGGGACUGCAUAUCUCCAAACCUCUGCAAAUGCGACGACGGAUACGAGGGUCUGUCAUGUGAAAAUGCUAUCUGCAACCCGGAAUGUGUCAGCGGUGUCUGCGUUGCUCCAGAUGAAUGCCAUUGUCACCCAGGCUUCAGCGGAAAAUUGUGCGAGAAAGGACCUGUUGCCAACAAGGAGCACAAGUGCAAGCUGUGUUGUGGGGGCGCAUUCGUGUCAUUUGACGGCUAUUACUACACCUUCCCCACCGCUGGUUUGUUCAAUCUUGCCUCCUGUGACGACUGCGGCAUCGGAGCCUUCAGCGUACGAGUAGAUGCAAGUUACCCAUGCAACGAAGAGACGUGUCACAUUUACAACAAAGUAAUCAUCUCUUACAGAGUCGGUAGCCGUGACUUCACCGUUGAGCUCCUUCCCCAGCACGGAGUUCGCUAUGAGAAUCAAGAUGUUACAGACCUUCCGCUGAUUACAGACUUCGGAACCGUCUCUAAAAUUGGAGUGCACACAGUCUUCAAAGGGUUCCAAGGAAACGAUGUGAUAGUUCGUGUUGACACUAGCGGCAGCAUUGACCUUCGAGUGUCCGACCUGUUCAGGGGCUCCAUGAAUGGCAUGUGUGGAAACUUCGACUCAGACGCGGGCGACGACGAUGUCUCGACGGAGGUAGCCCAAGGAUUCGGCAUGUCUAGCGAAGCCAUCGAUCCUUUAGAUCCUUGCAACCUAGGGCAAAACGAACAACUGGCAGAUGCAGCUUACAUCAUCUGCUCUGAGAUGCUCGCUGGGGUACUAGACGGCUUUAGGGCCUGCUUCCGAAGUGUCAAACCGGCAAGGUACCAUGAGAUGUGUCUGUUUAGCAUGUGUCAGUGUCUUCGCCUGGUUGGCGACGCAGCGCCUGGGCCUUGUUUCACCGAGGGUAGGAAAGCCAUACUAUGCGACGUCCUGACGCAGUAUUCACGCGACUGCACGGCCGAAGGGGUUUUACCCAACUGGCGGCGGGAAGACCUGUGUCCUGUCCAUUGUGACAACGGGAUGGUGUACACAGAGUGUGGAUCUCCUUGUCCGCGAACCUGCGAAAAUUUGGAUUUCCAGGAAGAGUGUGAACAAUACUGCGUAGACGGCUGCCACUGCCCGGCUGGAACCUUUUGGGACCGAACAAAGUGUGUGUCGAGAGAGGAAUGUCCCUGCCCACGAGGAUCGGAUAUGAUCCCUGCUGGUAACGCCAUAACAUCUGGCUGUAAGCUAUGCACUUGUCUUGGAGGCAGAUGGGACUGUACCACCAAUGAGUGCAACGCCACAUGCAGCGUGUCCGGAGGUCACCAUUUCAAAACCUUCGACGGUUCCAACUACUUAUUCCCAGCCAGUGGUUCCUGUGAAUAUCUACUCGCAGAGUUGACUGACCCCAAUUUUAGCAUCCUGGUGGAGUUUGAAGAUUGUUCAGCAAGUUUGCGCUCUUGUCUGAUGAUCGUCAGUAUAGUCACUGCUGAUCAGUCAAUCUAUGAACUGAAUAGCCAAUCAUCUAUCAAGGCCUCUACACAGUCAGGGACGACGUCACAUAAGUUACCUUUCCGGGUAGAAUCUGCCGAUGGUUCCACUCUCGUUGCCCGGCAAGUGUCUUCAAUCUUCACCCGUUUGACCAUUGCCGAACAUGGUAUCGACGUACUGCUGGGCAGAGACGGUCGCCUGUAUCUUACACUGAAUCCUAAAUGGCAAACAAAGGUACAUGGUCUCUGCGGAACAUACAACAGCAAACAGAUUGACGACUUUACAGCCCUGUCUGGUGUGGACGCCAAGGCCAAGAUCAACUUCUUCGGCAACUCUUGGAAGAUGGGGCGUCACUGUCCCGACGUGGAGGAGGACGCGGCACUCCGGCCCUGUGAUCUGCACUCGCAGCGAGUGCACCUUGCAAACAGAAUUUGCAAGAUGCUUCGACAGCCACCAUUCAAUGAAUGUAACAAACUGGUUCCUGUAGAUAAAUACGAGGAGCAGUGCCGAGAUGCCGUCUGCGGCUGCCACGCUAGUGACAACCAGUGCCAGUGCCUGGCUUUUGCUUCUUACGCCCGUGAAUGUGUGGCGGCUGGGGACAAGUUUCACUGGCGAAGUGCUCAAUUCUGCCCCGUCAAAUGUCCCUCUGGAGAAGUCUACAAAAUUUGUGGAUCCAACUGUGUCUCAAGUUGUGGAGACAUAUCCUCGGAUCAGUUCUGCCAAGAGGAAUGUGUGGAGGGCUGUCAGUGCCCUGAGGGUAGAAUUCGUGACGUCGGGUCGGGCCAAUGCGUACCUGUGGAAGAUUGCUCCUGUGAGGUAGAUGGUGUGGUUUACGGAUCGAGACAGUCUUGGAGGAGAGGCUGCAAUGAAUGUUACUGUUCUGCUGGAACGUACAGGUGUACCGAAAAGGACUGCACAGCAUACGAGAGCUGUGCUGACGGAAUGGAAUGGCUAUUGUGUCAAGAGUGCGAGAGGACUUGCCAAAAUGCUUACCUACCGUGUGUGCAGACCAUAUGUACCCCUGGAUGUGGCUGUCCCGAGGGUAAAGUUCUGCAUAAGGGAACGUGCAUCCAGGUGGAGGAAUGUUCCUGCGAUUACAACGGCAAGAGUUAUAAGGUGUACGAGAAGGUCGCCAUGGAUUGCCAUGAAUGCAUGUGCAACACGGACCACAGAUGGAUCUGUGAUGAUGACACUUGUCCAUCGACAUGCAGCUCAUAUGGCGAUUCACACUUUGUGACAUUCGACAUGAGAAGAUAUAAAUUCCAAGGUGACUGUGAGUAUACUUUGGUCGAGGAUUUCUGCGGAGAACCUGAAGGUUCGUUUCGUGUCCUCAUCGAGAACAUCCCCUGCGGUGAGAAUGGUGUGACCUGCACCAAGGCAAUAAAAUUUACGCUGUAUGACACCACUAUUUACCUUGUGCGAGGCAGGCCUUACACCGUCACCGUGAACUCAGAGAUAGAUACUAAGGCUCGAAUUAAAAUGGAGGAUGCUGGAAUGUAUCUUGUCAUCAAAACUCCUGAUGGUAUUACCUUGAAGUGGGACUACGGAACAAGCGUCCACGUCACCCUCGAUCCCCUGUUGGCUGGACAGGUCUGCGGUCUCUGCGGUGAUUUCAACGGGGACGCCAAUGACGAUUUUAAGACCCGGAAUCGUGAGAUUGAGGCAAUGGGGCACUCCUUUGGUCAUAGUUGGAGAACCGUUGCAAACUGUGCUGAACCAAGGGAAGUGCUUUACCCAUGUGACUCCAUGCCCCACCGCCGACCUUGGGCAGAAAAAGUAUGCGGUAUAAUAAAGAAGUCGUUGUUUUCGUCCUGUCACAAUCUAGUCGAUCCCGAGCCUUACUUCCUCGCAUGCGUCUUUGAUACGUGCGCCUGUGACAGGGGUGCUGACUGCGAAUGCAUGUGCACUGCCAUUGCUGCAUACGCUAUGGCUUGCAACGAGAACAACGUUGCUAUGGCUUGGCGGUCCGAUGGUUAUUGCGCUUUGCAGUGUGAGAACGGAAGGAAAUACCAGGCUUGUGGUAAAAUCUGUCCAGACAAGUGCUAUCCAUCGCAUGCAAGCGAAGAUUACGGCUGCGAAACACACUGCGUGGAGGGUUGUCACUGUCCGGAGGGUCAGGUGCUUUUCCGCGACAAGUGUAUUGAGAGACAGCUUUGCCCUUGUUUCAUUGACAACGGCCGAGUGCAGAUCAAGCACGGCGCCCUUGUUGUUCGUGACUGCAUGCAGUGUAUGUGUAAUGGAGGACAUUUGGAAUGCUCUGGAACAAACUGCACACAGAGGGCUGUUAUUGCCACGAAGAAGCCGUGUGCACACAAGCCUCCCCCGACCUGUACCUGCCCACCGGGCUUUUCAUGUUGUGCAGAUCAGACCUUCUGUAUCCAAGACACCAAGUUCUGCGACGGCGAACUCAAUUGCAAAGAUUCGUCAGACGAGCUACAGUGUGACUGCGAAUACAAAGGCAUCAUACGCUCGUCCGGAGACACGUGGAGUGGAGAGGGGAGAUGUGAAGUUUGCAGAUGUGAGGCUGGACGCACCCGUUGUUUCAAGGAGUGCAAUAUCCUGUGCGACGCUCUCACAGAAGUGUUACUUCUCAACGAACAUGAUGACACACAGUGCUGCCAAUGUAAAAAAAUCAGUAUUCCUACAACCGCUUCACCAGUGACAACUACCGCAACUUCAGAGUGUGAGGAGGGGACAACGGUACAGCCCGAUGAAUGCCGAACUUGUGAUUGCAUUGACGGAACAUAUUCUUGCUAUUACGAUUGCCACAAACGACCCAACAGCUGCGCAGAGGGUGAGCAAUUGGUAUCCUUUGAAGACAAGUGCUGUGAAUGUGUCUCCAUCACAACAACACUUCCGUCCAUGAUGACUACGCCUACUGUUGAAUGUCUGGAUCCGUUUGUGGUUGGCGAGCCUACUUGUUGUCAGUACAUGUACCUUGACACAUGUGAAAUACCUCCGACGUUUUCUGGCUCCGAAACCUGCAACGCCUGCAAAAGGCAUCUGGUGUUUAAUGGCACACAUUGUGUAUUCCCAAACGAUUGCUUAUGCCAAGACGUUGAGGGUGUCCAUCAGGUGGGUUUUAACCUGGACACAAAGCCGAUUUAUUGGAUUAUUGACCAGUGA